AGGGAGCUGGAGCAGCGUUUCGGGGUGUCGGAGCUGCCGGCCGUGGUGGUGCUGGCGCCCAGCGGGGCGGUGCUGGCGCCCAACGCCGUGCGGGAAAUCCGGGAUCGGGGCCCCUCCUGCUUCCACGGCUGGCGCCAGGCGGCCGAGCUGCUGGACAGGAACUUCCAGGAGCGCCAGGAGCUCGAGGGCUCGGCGCCCCGCAGCCUCACCGAGCCCCUGCGCCGCCUCAAGUACCGCCUGCGGGACCCCCAGGAGGACGAGGAGGAGGAGGAGGAGGAGGAAGAGCAGCGGGAGUAG